AAUUGUUAACUUCGAUGUUUUGAUUCCUAAUAACUGGAAACAUAAAUUAAUAGCGUCGUUUAUAUUUUUAAAUUGACACAAAAGAAGGCUUGAAGUGAAACUUGUUACAGUACUUCCAACUAAGUCAACAGGAACGCAUGGGUGUAGGAACAAAAGUUCCGCCUCGUUUCUCACACAGGAAGAGGGAGUUAUUUUGCCGAAGGAUUCGGGAAAUAGAUCCAAAGUGUAGACCGUGGUUUCAAUCUCACUAUAUUUUAAUUAAUAUAAUGGAAUAGUAAGAUCUCAAAUGGCAACCAGGACCUACGUUUCUUUACUUAAAAGUCAGCGGGUGAACGUCUUGAGGAUAGCUGCGAGCAGGAGUUUAUGUGCAGCUCCCAACCCCCAGUCCAAAACUGAUUUCCUAAGCGGAGAACCACAUAAAAGACAUCCAGGGGUAACCCACCUCAAAACACUGCGACUGCCUGAGGAACUCGUGACAGCCGCUCGCUCAAUCAUCGACCGUGCUCAGGUGGCACAUCUUCCUGACCGCGCUCGCAAGCUGACCAACUACUUGUGGAGCAGGAAGCGAGCUGCCGAGGACUCAGUGGUGAGGAAGAAGGCUGUGAGUCUGGAGAAGGAAAUUUGGAAGAAGGCCAUAGAGAAAGGUGGAGACUUCGACGAACAAGCGGUUGCUGACCGCAUUCAGAGGGCCGUGUUGUCAGAGCUCCGGCGGACAAUUUAUCACUGGACUCCAUUAAAAUAUGACGAGGAGCUUGGUGUGGUUUACAUGGCAGCCAAGAUGGCCGCCGGCUAUGCUGCUGUGAGGAGGGCUCUUAACGAGAUAAAGAUCCGUGAUCCCUCAUUUGCUCCUCAGACCCUCCUGGAUUAUGGUUCUGGCCUGGGAACAGUAGCCUGGGCAUCUCAUGCCUGUUGGGCUGACACACUGAAGGAGCUGGUUUGUGUGGACAGCUCAGGGCCAAUGAACAUUCUGGCAGAACGACUUCUUAAAGGUGAUGACGACCACGGUGAAGCUCACAUCAAACACGUUUACUUUAGGCAGUUUCUCCCGGUGUCCCCCAUGGUGCAGUUUGACUUAGUGGCGUCGGCUUUCACGUUGUCCGAAAUCCCCAGCACGAGGGAUCGGGAAGAGGCAGUGAUCACGCUUUGGAGGAAGACUGCCACAUACUUGUUAUUGGUGGAAAAUGGCACUAAAGAAGGUCAUCAGAUACUAAUGGAGGCCCGAGACACUAUACUACAUAAAAAAGACAAAACCCUCCACGAUACCAGACCAGCUUCAGUCUUUGCUCCGUGUCCUCACGAAGCCGCGUGUCCCAAACUUGCGCUACAGUUCGUCGUGCCUUGCAACUUCCAGCAACUGUAUAUGCCACUAUACGGGCACAUCAGUCAGUCAGAGAAAUUUAGUUACCUGAUUAUGACUCGAGAGCAGCAACGCCCCGAGGCCAAAGCAUUGGUGGACUGGUCCAGGCUGAUCGCUCCCUUGCAGGCUAGAACAAGACACAUUCACUGCCGCUUGUGUCGCCCCAACGGGCAUCUGGAGCACGUGGUUGUGACUUCACACAAACAUGGACGAGAUGUGUAUCGCUGUGCCCGGAGCAGCGAGUGGGGUGACCGAAUUCCUCUACUUCAAGACGUAGACGAAGAAUCAACGAUAUGCUAAUAAAAUUUAGCAACAUACUGCUAUGGAGUUUAACUUUGCUUUAUUCCCGUUUAUUUUGAUAUUUUUCACAUUGACGCUCUCAACUCAUUAAGACAGUCACAACUGCUGAGAACACAUGUUAAGGAAGUUGGCACUCUAGUGCUAACUUACCGCUAAGUUAACGGCACAUUGAAAACAAAUAUUGGUCCAAUAAUAUAAUUGUUUUUUAAUCAUUUCAUUUAGCAUGAACAAAUGUAAACUGCAGAUUCCGCAUCAGUGGAACCAAUCAAGCUUAAGAAUUUGGCUUUGCCAUAAUUCUUGCAGUAGUUUCAAUUCUAG